AUGGCCAAGUGGCAGAUGAUUCUUUCGAAAUUUGAUAUUGUUUUCACUUCGCAAAAGGCCGUCAAGGGACAAGUUAUAGCCGAUCAUUUGACGGAAAAUCCAAACGACGAUGACUAUCAACCGCUCCAUACUUAUCUCCCCGACGAAGAGGUUUUCCUUGUUGAUGCUGCAGAAGAUAUGAACGAGCCGUGCCCUGAAUGGAGGUUGUUUUUCGAUGGUGCCGCUAAUUCUUUCGGAGUCGGAAUAGGAACAGUUCUUGUAUCUCCAGAGGGGAAGCAUUACCCUGGGGCCGCUAAAUUGCAAUUUGCCUGCACAAAUAAUAUGGCUGAAUAUGAAGCCUAUUUACUUGUGCAUCAAACGUUGAAGCAAUGGAUAACCAAAGAUUCCAAGAUCUUGCCAUACCAUUGUAAUUUGCUCAUUCUCGCUAGACAAUUUCAAAGUUUGGAAUUCAGACAUCUUCCACGAGCCCGAAAUGUAUUUGUCAAUGCUUUGGUCACCUUAUCUUCUAUGAUACAAUAUCUGGACGAACUAGGAAUCGAGCCUAUCCGGAUCCAACUCCAGGACAAGCCUACUCAUUGUUGGGUCAUAGACAAGACAUCUGGCAAUAGCCCUUGGUACAAUGAUAUUAAGGAGUUCAUCAAAAUCGGGUCUUACCCUCCAGAAGCUAGUGCCAAUGACAAGCGUUUCUUGCGCAGAAUGGCCUUGAAGUUUUUCUUAAAUGGAGAGGUAUUGUACAAAAGGACCUCAUAUUUGAACCUCUUAAGGUGCAUCGAUGAGGAUGAAACUCAAUACAUGAUGAAAGAGGUGCAUAGCGGUGUCUGCGGAUCUCACAUGAAUGGACAUUUGUUGGCAAAAAAAAUUAUGAGAACCGGGUAUUUUUGGCUUACAAUGGAACGCGAUUGCAUAGAUUUCGUCCGGAGAUGUAUUAAAUGUCAAGUGCAUUGCGACAUCAUACGCGCUCUUCCCACCGAAUUGCAAAGUAUGAUUGCCCCAUGGCCCUGCUCGAUGUGGGGUAUGGAUGUGAUUGGCACAAUUGACCCUCCUGCUUCAAAUGGGCAUCGAUUUAUAUUGGUGGCAAUUGAGUACUUCACCAAAUGGGUCGAAGCGGAAUCAUUCAAGCAUGUGACAAAGAAGGUGGUGGCGAAUUUCUUAAGAGAUCAUAUCAUAUGCCGAUUUGGGGUGCCAUAA